CCCACAACCCCCGCCCACAGCCCUCCACAACCCCGCCCACAGCCCACAACCCCUGCCUGCAACCCGCAACCUCCCGCCCACAGCUCCACAACCUCCGCCCACAGCCCACAACCUCCUGCCCACAGCCCACACAACCCCGCCUCCUGCAACCCGCAACCUCUGCCCACAGCCCACAACCUGCCCAGCCCACAACCCCCACGCACAGCCCAUAACCCCGCCCACAGCCAACAACCCCACCCACAGCCCAUGCCCACAGCCCCUGCCCACAGCCCACAAUCCCCUGCCUACACCCCACACCCCACCACACCCCCACACCCCUGACCCACAGCCCACACCCCUGACCAGCCACCCCCUGCCCACAGCCCACCGCCGACCACAGCCCACACACCCGACCACAGCCGACUACCAUAAUUUCACGACCAGCAGCCCACACCCCUACGACCGUAGCCCACACUCCCCUGCCCACAGCCCACAACCCCCGCCCACAGCCCCACAACCCCUGCCUUCUUACAACCCACAAUCCCCGCCCACAACCCCCGACCACAGCCAACAAAAACCCCUGCCCACGGGCGCCCGCCCACAGCCCACAACCCCGACCAUAGCCACAAAUCCCGCCUACAGUCCACAACCCCAUCCACUGCCCACACCUGCCCAGAGCCCACAGUCUCCCCGCCCAGCCCAUGGAUUAACAGCCCACAACCCAGCCCACGCCAGGCCUCCACAACCCAGACCAUCCCUGCCCAAACCCACACCCCCUGCCCACAGCACUCACCCGCCCACUUCCCCACACCCCCCGCCUACAGCCCACAGCCCACAGCCCCUGCCCUCCACAGCCCACACCUCCCUGCCCACAGCCCGUCAUGUCCCUGCCCACACCCCCCCGGCCCACAGCCCAUCCCCGCCUUAG